UAUUAGGACACUACCAGGUGUUUGCAUGUCUCUCUCUCUCUCUCUUUCUCUCUUGCGUCUGUUGCUAACUUCAGUGCUCUUCUUUCUCUUUGUGCGCGCAGUAUAUCAGAUCGAUAGGCUGCGCAGCGCGUUUACAGCUGAUCAAACAGAUCUCUGCUCUGCGCUCUCCAGCUCACAUCACCUGCUGCCUGCAUGCUGUCGCAAGCACUUCCUCUGACACAGUUGGGCCUACAAUGCAGUAGUCUGUCAAGCCAGGACCUCGCUUGAAUUCUUCAGAAUGAGCUCCUCCCCUGGUCCGGCCCCUGUGUCAGCCUCCCCUGCCCUGGACUCCGGCAAGGCCAAUCGAGGGGACUCGCCUAACACCUUACCCCAUCUGUACUCGUCCCAGCUCGGCAUGGACAGCCAGACCAUCUGCAUUCCAUCUCCAUAUGUGGAAGCCUGUCAGGAUUAUUCACCACGGCACGGGGAAGAGAUCAGCCACGGAGCCUUAACGCUCUACAGCCCCGUGUCCUCCACAGUGCUGGGGUACACUCAUCCCCCAGUGUCCGAAAGCCUGGUCCCUUUAAGUUCGACAAUCUUCUGGCCUCCCCACACCACACACUCUGCGCUGUCUCUGCACUGCCCGCCUCCACUGGCCUACAGCGAAACACACGCACACACCACCUGGGAGGACGCCAAGACACACACGAUUAACCAGGGCAGUUCUGUCCUUACUCAUGCAAAGCUGUUAGGGCAGCAACUGGACGGUGAUGAUGGCUUGAAUCCUUCACCAGGCAUUUUGGGUAAAGGAGACACACACUUCUGUGCGGUGUGUCAUGACUACGCCUCUGGGUAUCACUAUGGUGUCUGGUCAUGUGAGGGGUGCAAAGCUUUCUUCAAACGGAGCAUUCAAGGUAAUAUUGGUCAAGUUUUUAUAAGCAGAUUUUUUCAUGAAUCCUCAAACACUCUACUUGUUCUGUGCGUGGAUUUCUUUGUGUAUGCCAGGAUAAAAAUCAUUUUGUGUGAGUGUAUGUGCAUGCACUUCCAGCAUUUGAAGGGCAAGCAGCUGUGUAAGAGUGUUUUUCCGGAAGACAUUUGUGUGUUUGUUACUCCUCUCGAAGGUUUUGUGGAGCUGACUUUGUCAGAUCAGGUGCAUCUGUUGGAAUGCUGCUGGCUGGAUAUAUUGAUGUUGGGACUGAUGUGGAGAUCCGUGGAUCAUCCCGGAAAACUCAUCUUCUCACCUGACCUCAAACUCAACAGGGAUGAAGGGACCUGUGUUGAAGGCAUCAUGGAGAUCUUUGACAUGCUGCUGGCCACCACCUCCAGAUUCAGAGAACUGAAGCUUCAGAGAGAGGAAUACGUCUGCCUCAAAGCCAUGAUCCUUCUCAAUUCCAAUAACUGUUCAAGCUUGCCACAGACUCCUGAAGAUGUGGAGAGCCGUGGCAAGGUUCUGAGGCUGCUGGACUCUGUGACUGACGCUCUAGUUUGGACCAUCUCCAGAACAGGAUUGUCCUCACAGCAACAGUCCAUCCGGCUCGCCCAUCUGCUAAUGCUGCUCUCACAUAUUCGACACCUCAGCAACAAAGGCAUCGAGCAUCUGUCAACCAUGAAGAGAAAAAACGUGGUGCUGCUGUAUGAUCUUCUGCUAGAGAUGCUGGAUGCCAACACAUCCCAGAGCAGCCGGAUGCUAGCGGCUCACACAAAAGCCUCUCUCCGGUCGGACACACAACAGACCACAGAGAUCCUCCUCACAUCCAGACAGCAGCCUGCGCUGAAAGAGAGCAACCAGGAGACCCGGCACAGUCCACAAGCUGAAGAGACAGUGGAUAAGACAUUACGUUCUAGUCUGCCUCGAGUGGACAUGGACACAGACUGACAGUAUCCCUUCUGUGGGGUAAAAAUCUCCCUGGAUGCAGCAUUGGAUAUGAAUCCAAUUUCCAAGCCGCUUGUCCAAUGUAGGGUCUUGGGGGAUUCAAACCAGACCUGGAAAAAAAUCUUAGAUGACCAACAACAACCUGAACCAAACAGGGCUUUCAAAUGGCGCUUCAACACAAUGCAGUUUGAACUGUUGUUUUCCUAUUAUGCCAUAAUGUCAACCUGAAGAGGAAUCCUUCUUAUUCAAACCAAUCAUGUUUUCAGUAUUCAAGAAAUCACAAAUGGAAUCCUUUUAAUGUGGUGUGUAAUUUCUGUGGUAAACAGUAGCAAGAAACUGUUUUAAACAACAUUCGAACACUCCCCCGUCUGCCAUUUCUCAGCUAGCACCACCCCUAAAUCACGCAAUUGGUUGAGCCAGUGCAAACCAUCAAACAGAUUGCCGAAAUUACACGCUGCACAUUUAAAUAUUUGGUUUGCCAUCCAAGAUGUCAGAGAACCUCUGACUUAACAAACAUGACUGUUUCUCUGAAGACUGGCUGAGCUAAAUGAAACGAACACUUCUAAUAUUUUAUGCAUUUUGUACUCUUGUGUCUGUGUAUUUGUGACAUGUGUGCUGUUAUUUGCUGUUCUGUGUUGCUUCUCGUGGUUUAUAAAGUACUUGUCACUGACAGUAAAUGUAACGCUUUUAAAAACAUCUGGGAAUGCUGACGCCUCUUUCAGAUGUUUUCUUAAAGCCUGGCUUAAGAUGCACAAUCAACACUUGAAAAGUGUAUCAAAUUAUAUUAUACUUUGUAAUGUGUAAUUACAGAUGCAGCUGAGUUUUCUGGUGCUACAAGUGUUAAUAACGGUGCAUCCUUGUUCAUAUUCUGCACCUAAAGUGUCCUGAGAAGCAGCAAUUGCAUUAAAGCUGCAGUGUAUAAUUUUUGCACGUCACCAAGUAGUGUUGCAAUGCUGCCUUCCAUAUUGGUGGGCUCAUCCCAGUGCCCUUAUCCCUUCGAAGGGUUUACCCUCCAGAGUCAGUGCUUCGAAAGGAUGAAGGGUGUAGGGGACCAAAA